CAACGAACCCUCACUCCAUCAUUAUAAAUCUGAUAGUAAUAAGUGGUAUCAUUGUGGUAUGACCGGAAGAACAUUCAACGGCGCUUCAGUUCGAAGGUCACUGCUUUCUAGGCCGAGCAUCCCGCAGCUAGAGCAUCGAGUAAGUUUGGCUGUGAUAUCGCAAGGGCUGCAGCAGCGGCGUACAAAAAGCUUCCCAGCAUCUCGAAGUCUAGAGCUACACUCAAACCGUCGAUUUCAUACCACCACUGGAUUUUGGAGGAAAAUGGACUCCUGCCGUCGGGUCCCCAUCGAGUCACAAAAAGUCGACGCACCCCUCACUCAAUCUGCAACUUUCCUCGUCGUCUCCAUUACCGACUCUCCCAACGCAACCAAGACCGUCCGCUCAACCCUCGCCAGCAUCGACGCCAUCGCCAAAAAUGUAGCCAUCCGCGACCUAAGCGCCUCCUUCGCCUGCACCAUCGGCAUCGGCAGCAACGUCUGGGACCGCGUGACCCGGCUCCCUCGCCCAGCCGAACUACACCCCUUCCCUGCCGUCCACGGCGCCAAACACUCCGCCGUCUCUACACCGGGCGAUCUCCUCUUCCACAUCCGCUCCGAGCGGCGGGAUCUCUGUUUCGAGUUCGAGCGCCAACUUCUCGACCUCCUGGGCGAUUCCAUCAAAGUCGUCGACGAGACGACCGGGUUCCGCUAUUUCGAUAUCCGGGACUUGCUCGGGUUCGUGGACGGGACGGCGAAUCCGGUGGGGCCUGCUGUCCCAGAGGCGGUUCUGGUUGCGCUGGAAGAUGAUGCGGAGGCGGUUGGGGGGAGUUAUAUCGUGAUUCAGAAAUAUCUGCAUGAUUUGAAGGGGUGGCGGUCUUUGUCCAACGAGACGCAGGAAGCUAUUAUCGGACGCACGAAGUGGGAUAAUAUCGAACUCCCCGACGGCUCUGCGUCUUCGCAGAAAGCGCACAAGACACUGGCGACGGUGGAAGACGAGGAUGGGAAUGAGCAUGAUAUCUUGAGGGAUAACAUGCCAUUUGGGAGUCCUGGCGCGGGCGAGUUUGGGACGUAUUUUAUUGGGUAUUCGAGGAAGCUUUGGGUUAUUGAGAAGAUGAUGGAGCGGAUGUUUGUGGGGGUUCCGGAGGGGAUGCAUGAUCGGUUGUUGGAUUAUUCGACGGCUGUUACGGGGACGACGUUCUUUGCUCCGAGUGCGAGUGCGCUUGCCGGGCUUGAUGGGGAUGAUGAUUGAUGGACUUUCCAAGAAGAUAGAACUUGUCGGAAGGAGUCAUUUUGAGUGUUUUCUCAUGGUUACUUUAGCAUUGGAUAUGAUCAAACCUUCACUUGAUGAUUGUCACUAGCUGGCUUUAGCAAUGGGUCCUCAGAAGACCGUGAAAGCAAUGUGGAUCCAAAGAAAAGCUUGCUAAAGAUAGCUUCAAAGAGCUCAGGUAAGAAUACUUCGCAGCUUACAAGAACACAUCCCCAACUAACCCACUGGGGAAGGUAAGGAGAAGCAUUGAGUCAAUUCUGACGAUAAUUCUGCCCUUGCUUUUGCAGCACUCAUAUUGACCAUACCGCGAAAUUAAUUAAGUGACACUAGAACUCAAAUAUCCCACCUCGCACCAUACCACUCAACGCCCCUCUCUUGUCUCUUCUUACAAGCCAUCUCUCCAGCAGCGAUGAACGCAUUCGGACCCGAAAUAUACA